AUGGAAAAAUCAAUCCAAAAAGAUAAAGUGAUAAUUACUCAAACUAAAAAUAAAAAAUAUGAAUCGGAAGUUGCAUCAAUUUAUUCAACAUUUAGUAGAAAUUCUAGAAAAGUAUCACGACAAAGACAAUCAACAAUAGAAAAAUAUCAAAAACAUGAUAAUAAUUUAGGUAGUUACUACAUUGCCUCUAGUCACGAUGGAGCUUUCGUUGCCACCUUUAAUACCGUGUCAUGUUUCGAAAAUAAAGAUAUGAUGCAGCAGUCCCCACAAGAAACAUCAACAACACAAGCAAAUGAGACCAAACCUUCAAGAUCAAAAUCAUCGUUGUCACCAAAUAAUACAAAUAUAAUGGAUGAAGAUUUUGAGAAAGGAAGUGAUUUUGGAGUUGUAAUUGAACCAAGAACUUGGGUACUUUCAAUUGCUCAAAAUAAACGAAUCAAUACUACCAUUGAUGAUCGUGGCGGAGUGGUAAGAUUUCUGGACAAUCGUGUUACACCAGACACAAUUCAUUCCGACGAGGAUGAAGAUUCCAAUUACAAAUUGGAACUGAUAUUGAUGAAUUCUUCAGGAAUUUAUAAAACCAACAUUUAUCCAAAAUUAAAAUAUAAAAUUCCAACAUCAGUUUACGAAUUCUUCUAUCCACCAGCUGACCAUCUAAAAGUCAGAAAAUUAUUCCAGGAUAAUCCAUGUACAAGCUAUUUGGAAAGUUGUGUUGAGAAAAAUUAUUUUUUUUCAGAGAAUUUUAAAGCUGCAAAAGUUGAUAUUUAUAAUUUGAAAACUGGUGAUCUGGAAAUUUCUUUAUGUAAUCAUGCUGCUCAUCCAUCAUCAACGAUUAAUGAUUUAACUGAAUCAAUAUUUGCCAUUUCCAAAUACGAAAGUAUGGUUGUACAUUGUGGUGGUACAAACAUCAUUACUUUAUAUUUGAUGGAAAAUGGUCUAGAAAUCACAACAAAACGUUUUCCUCAAAUUUCUAGAAUCUUCAACUUGUGUAAAAAACUUGAUGUUGCUCCUUCAGAUUUUAACUGUUUACUUUAUGCUUAUGAUAAGAAUUUUUUCACAUCAAGCUCUGGUAAAAUUUAUUCUUUAGAUGAAAAUGGUGAAUUAUUCUCUUUGUUGGACCAUCCUGAUAUUUCUAAUAUCUUGAACAGUAGUUGUGAUGAUAAUAAUGACAUGUUAGCAUUAGAAUUAGAUGAAAAUGAAUCACGAUAUUAUCACAUGAUUUAUGAGUUGGAUGGUAGUUGUGCUAAAUCAAUUGCAGUUAGAAAUAACAAAUUCCAUUUGAAAUUGUUGGUACAUUCAAAUUCAACCAACACUCACCAAAUCCAUAUCCAUUAUCCAAAAAGCACCAAUGCAAUAAAAGACGCAUGUGAAACACUUGAAUAUCUCUCUCAUCGUAGGAAUGAGUGUAUUGGUCCAAAAAAUAAUCGAAAAUUUGAGGAUUUAUACUAUCAUACUGAGAAAUUGGUUUUUAUAAGUUUUAACAAGUCACCAGGUCUUUGGAGAUUAAAUGAUAUACGUUAUGACAUUAUGGCAAAUUUGAUCAGGGGUAAAAAUGUUUCAUUGAUUAAAAAAAUCUUGUUUAAGGACAAUGAUAACACUGUAAAAGACCAAAAAAAAAAUGCAGCUUUGAAAAAUAAUAAACAUUACUUACACAUUCCGCGUUUAUAUGGGUGGCCAAAAGUAAAAAAAGAAACCGAUUUAGAAGUUGCAAUCAAAUGCGCUAAAGGGCAGAAUCAUAACCGUACAAUGAUAAUGGGAUUUUUAUUAGAAUAUUAUUCCAAUCAUGCAUUAGCAAAUGUUGGGUGGAUGUUUACAGUGAGCCAAGCAGUCCCGUUAUUAUUAUCUAGUAAAAAUUUAGAACUGUAUCUAAAAGAAUUAUUUUAUAAACCAUGCUUUGGAGUAAAAGAAGUUUUGAUUGACCAAUGUUUUGUUGAUCCAUAUGAAUUAAGGAAAGGUGAACAUGAGGCUGUUUAUCCUUUAAGUGCAAGGCCAAGAUUAAUACAAAACGUCACUAAAAAACCUUCCUUAAUGGAACGAUUUUCCAAUUUUAAUUUGUUUAAAAGUGGUUAUGAAGCAAAGAGAUAUAUGGAAAAUAGCAAUGAAUUAGGUCAAAUGACAAGUGUUCAUGUAGUUCCAUUACCAGAUUUUCUUCUAUAUCCAAAUGGUAUAAAAGAUAAAAAGCUAGAAACAAAAAGUCUGUUCCUAAAACUAUUAAAACUAUUAAUUUGGCCACGUGAAUAUGUUAUAAAGAAAGAGGAGGAUUCUAGUGCAUUUUUGCAAGUAAUUAAACAUAAUGGAAAUGAAUUAAUCUUUGAUAAUCCAUCGUUGGAAGCAUGCAUCAAAUACAAAUAUCCUCCAGCAAAAAUUUUUUAUGCCAGACAAUUACUGCUUUACAUAGCUUUCUCAAUUUCUAUAAUAUAUCAUCUUGGUGUGACCACUUUCUCUAAUAAUAACUUUGCAAAACCUGAUGAUGCAAGAGAAUAUGCAAAUCUUUUUUAUAGUCCGGUCAAAAACACAUAUGUGUUUAUAAUCGUGCUAUAUUUUGGUUAUUAUUUGUUGGCUAUUGAGUUCAUACAAGUUAGACAAGAGAAAAUUCAAAGAUAUUUCAGCUUAUUCAAUUUCAUAGAUAUUAUAUCAAUUGUAGUUCCAUUUGCUACUUCAAUAGGGAAUUAUAUUAUUGCUAUAUUUUCAUAUGCGGAAUCAAUUAACUUUAUAAAUCAAGGAAAUGAUGAUUCACAAGCUCUAGAAGAUUUUCUAACAGCAAGAUUUGAUUUAGUUAAAAUAAAUCGAUAUGCUAUAAUUAUUAAUUCUUUUGUUGUGUUGAUCAUAUGGCUGCAAGCUGUAACUUUCGCACGUCCUGCAUAUUUCAUCAAUCUUAUUAUUGAUAUAAUAUCAAGUGUUUGGCCAUUUUUAGCUUUUAUGUUGAUUGCAAUUGGUGGAUUUGGUCAUGCAAUGUACAUAUUAUUAAACGAUCCAGCUAGUAUCGGAUUAACCCCAAACACCUCAGGUUAUGGUGUAAGUGACACAUCAAUCCCUGAAGGAGAUCCUAAUCCUUACGCCAAUAUAGAAAUUGAACCAAUUGUUAAUGUAAAAGAUGUAAAUGAUAAUUUUUUUUUCGAUUUUGGGAAAUCAGUUGAAUCUGUUUAUUUUUGGCCAUUGGGCAGAUGGGAUCAAAUUGAUCAAUGGGAUUUUUGGCCAGUUGAUGCAUUGAGCAUAUCUAAUGAGUUAGAAAAUUGGUUAUCGAAAACUGAAAAGUUUCAUAGUAAACGAUCCAAAUCAUUGUUGCUUGGAGAGGAUGCUUCUUCGUGUUUGUAUGAUUUUGAAUAUGAAGAGUUUAUUGAUGAUGAUGAAUGUGAUGAAGGUAAAGAUGAUGUUUAUAUAAAUGAAGAAAGUAAGAAAACGAUGCAUAAAGAUAAUGAUGCUGAUAAAAUUUCUUCAUCUAAACUGGAUGGUGGAGAUAAAUACGGUGAUAAUAAUGAGAAAACCUGUCGUCCUGGUGAAAAUAUGAGAUUUGUAACCAGUUCUGAGAUUUUUGAAAUAACAUUAACAAAUUCAAAGCGCAUACCAUAUGUUUUAUGGGAGGGAGAGAAUCAACAUUUUGGUGGGAAAGAAGAUAUAGAGAUCAUCAAUACCAGUUUACCAUCACCAUCAAUAAUAAAUGAAGAAAAUCAUGAUGCAAAUUUUCUGGAAGAAUUUGCUUGUGAUGGAAAUUCAAUACUUAUUGAUGAUGAAUUGGUGGUUAUUAAUGAGCGGUUGGGGCCUUGGAGUGGAUAUGAACAUUUGCUCUUGCUUAAAAAUGUAAACGACACCAACCCCAAUCCAGAUCAAAGCGCAACCACAACAGAUGAAGGAUCUGUUUCUUGCAGUGAUAGUGGUUAUAUAGCUGAAGAAUAUAAUCUAGGUCUUCAUAUUGCUUCAUUUUUUAUAAUACUUGCAACAAGUUCAUUGGGUGCUUUUAUUCCAGUUAUAUCUACUAGAAACCCCAACUUGAAGGUUCCAAAAUUAGUUUAUUUCUCCACAAAACAUUUUGGUACUGGUGUUAUUCUUGCAACUGCUUUUAUUCAUAUGAUCCCCACAGCAUUUGAGGCAUUAAGCGAAGACUGUCUUCCAGAAAUUUGGCAUAAUUAUGCAUGGCCAGGUGCAAUUUCUAUGAUGGCAGCAUUAUUAGUUUUUUUCAUAGAAUAUUUGGCCACAAAUUAUACUGAUGAAUUUGAUGAUAAAAAUAAAGAAAUUCUCCCAAGAAAUGACGAUAAUAUUAAAGGAGCUGCUGAGGUCACUAAUAUCAGUCAACCAAAUGGGACUUUAGUUGUGCUAACUAAUAGUUCACAAACAAUCGGUGUAGUAGUUUUAGAAUUUGGUAUUUGCUUUCAUUCAGUAAUAAUUGGAAUGGCAUUGUCAGUUACUAGUGGGACUGAGUUUAUCUCUUUAUUAUGUGCUUUGGUUUUUCAUCAGACAUUCGAAGGUUUGGGACUUGGUUCAAGAAUUGCAGCAUUAAAGUUACCAGAAGGCAGCUUUAAACCAUGGCUUAUGUCAUUAGCUUAUGGUGCUACAACUCCACUUGGAAUAGCUAUAGGUUUAAGUGUACGUGAAACAUAUAAUCCAUCGUCAUCAACUGCUCUCAUAGUACAGGGAGUUCUUGACGCAAUAUCUGCUGGAAUAUUGCUUUAUGCUGCAUUAGUUGAAUUGCUCGCAAGUGACUUCAUUUAUGGUUCCCAGUUUCGAAAAUACUCCACCCUUCAAAAAUUAUAUGCGUUUUUUCUUUUGCUUCUUGGUGCUGGAAUGAUGGCUUUGAUUGUGACGAAAAGGCUUGGUGGCAGCAAUGAAAAAGACUUCAAUAUUAAAGGCCUAUAG